AUGUGCUGCCUGAACGAUAUUCGAACUCUUGGGCUCCCAAGUUAUCAUUAUAAUGAUGAGAAUGGGUCAUCUCGUUAUGUCGCUGGUCCCACUUGGCUCUUUUCAAAACACAUGCAUUCCAUAGAUUCACUGGAAGACAAGUUGGGAGGGGAGUAUUGGAGGCCACAGCCAGAUACCUAUUUCAUGGCUUUGACUGGCCAGGCAAGAAAGAUCGACAGCCUGUUUCCUGACAUUACGUCUGACUACUAUACCAACAACCAGACCAUCGCGGGGUUUUUCGAUCGACACUUUGAUGACGGGUCAGAACAUGCUGCGAAGAGGCCCAGAAUUUCAGAACCAGCGUUGGGUACGCCUACUAAAGCUGAAAUCGAAACACUUAUGGCACGCGCGGUAGCUUUGUCACGAGACUGGGAUGCCUUGACUGUCUACCUGGAAAACGACGAACCGACGACACAAGAAGCUAGACGGUUACUCUCUAAGGUGCAUCCAUUUGUUGCCAGCGUGGAGGUAGUGAGUACCAAUGCAAGUGACGGUAUUGGUAGUCUUGAAGACGUCUUGAGGCUUGCAUACGGGGCUGCCGGCCUUGAUCCACAGUCUGCGUUGAUCAGACACGAAAAGAACUGGGCAUCACAGAAGACUGUGUUUUACCAAUUCGGCCCGUCAGUCGAGCAAGCUAUCAAGGACAUCACUGUACUAAAGCCCCUUGAGGACGGUUUCAGAUUUGCUCUUCCCAGCAUUGGCAUCUUGAUGAGGUCUGCAUUAAUCCAAGACCAAAUCAGAAUCUACAAAGAUAUCAAGGCGCUUCUAGAUGAGGAAGCUUGA